GAGGUUGCAGCAUAUGAAACUAAGAACUCAUGGCCAAAACUGUGGCUUUUACUAAUGCAAAGCCACCGUCUAAUCUCCAUAGCCAUAGACCACAUCACAAACUCACACCGUCUCCUUUCUCAAUCUCAACAACCUCAGUUUCAUAUCUUGCUUCUGUGCAGUGCUCUGACUCUCAGACACAAGAAUAAGCAACCCAAUUGGUCAAAACCUUCGUUGGUACGCUCAAAAUCUGGGCUUGGGCUUGGGCCUGUUGACCCAUUGGAAAUGGCAGCAGAGGCUUGGAAUCGCACUGCUCUUCUUGUAAUUGACAUGCAGAGAGAUUUUAUAGAAAAUGAGGGUCCUAUGCUGGUAAAAGGAGGGAAAGAAAUAGUGCCAAAUGUGAUCAAAACUGUGCAAGUUGCAAGACAACGUGGAAUUCUCAUAGUUUGGGUCGUCCGCGAACAUGAUCCUUUAGGAAGAGAUGUUGAACUCUUUCGCCGGCAUCUAUACUCGACAGGUGAAGUUGGUCCAACCUCUAAGGGAAGCCCAGGUGCAGAGUUAGUUGAUGGGCUAGUAAUCAGAGAAGGGGAUUAUAAACUCGUGAAGACUCGGUUCAGUGCAUUCUUUGCUACACAUCUUCACUCAGUUCUUCAAGGAGCAGGAAUUAACAAUCUGGUUAUCACUGGGGUUCAAACUCCAAAUUGUAUAAGGCAAACUGUCUAUGAUGCCGUAGCAUUAGACUAUCAACCUGUAACUGUUAUUGUUGAUGCCACAGCCGCUGCCACGCCUGAUAUUCAUCUUGCCAAUGUGUUUGACAUGAAAAACAUUGGGGUCGCAACCCCAACGCUACAAGAAUGGACCGACUUCAAAGCUUGACAACUUGGUUUGCCUUGGUGAUGUUCAAUUCAAGACUCAAAAAGUUGCUUAUGUCUCUGUCAAGUUAAAAUGCAGAGAGUUAAAAAAAUGAGAAAAAUGUAUGAUGCUUUGCUUUGCUGCUGCUGCUGCCCAUAUGUAUAUGCGUAUAGUGGCUAAAAUUUCUAUUUAACUUUCAAAAUCUUUGGGUACUGUAAUUUUAAAUGAGUCAAUUAGUUUUAUAAAAUUUGUACUAAGUUUUCCGAUUUUACGGUUUAAAUCUUGUCAUAAUUUUAUGUUCUA